UAAUAAACAGUCCGUCUGAAUGAACGUUCUGCAGUUGACUAAUCGCUCCAUACAGCUCCUGGAGAGCCUCUCGUGUGUUUGCGCUGGGUGGAAUGUACAGCGUGAUUAUAAACACGGAGGUGAAUUCCCGCGGUAAAUAAAAAGCUCUGCAUCUGACAAUAGCAAACUCCACCAGCGGUGAGCAGUACUUAACAACAAGCACAGAGUUUUUACACCAGGACUCAUUGAUAUAAAUGCAUACUCCUCCGCCAACGUGUUUUGUCGGAGAGCGCAUUGUCUCAAUCGGCACGGAUUGAGACUAAUCCAUCCAGAUGAAUGGCGGCGUCUGGAAUACUGUCGCUGAGCCACGUUUCAGUAAAGAUUAAAACACAGCAGUCUGAACUCUCGCUGUAGUCUGCUGGAGUUUGAUGCAGUCCAGUUUAUUAUCCAAGGAGCAGACAUUUGAAAGGAAUAGAGAUGGUAGAGCUGGUCUGCUAGGAUUAGCUUUUAGCCUAUCACGGACCCCAGCUCGCUUCCCCCUUUUGCUUCCUUGCACAACGCUUGCGGUGUUUCCCCCUUCGGCAUUCGGAUUUAGGCGACGCCGUGGUCUGCAGGCCUGGUACGCAUAGCAACCCGAGCUCACAGAGCGUCUGAAGCACGCCGUCGUCCAGACUGAACUGAAUGAAAAUGAGACAUGCACAUCUCACCCUUUCUAAGCUGAAGUGCUCAUGAUGUUUAACAAAAUGGCCUAGAAGUGAACUGGAUCCAGUCAUUGCUGUGUUUCCUGCUCUUUAGACCGGGGGAACAGUGAGGUGUCGAGAUGAAGAUGCUUGUUAGAAGCUUUGGCAAUCUCCUUCUCCAGACGUCUUAGUUUCAAGACAGACAGGCUUUUCAUCAAAUUCAGGGGUCUGAUGACAGCUGUGAUUAGCUAUGGAUCAGACACACAGAUGCCCAGUGGAUUCUCUUAAUGACUGCCAUUCCAUUAUUUGAAUGUUGUACAUAUGUAUGAAUGGAAUAACCACAGCCACGUAGAAUUCUUGGUAUUUGCCUGCACCCAAGGAGUUAUAUAAAAAGUUGGCUCUUUGUGGGAUGCAGUCUGGCCGGAGAUCAGGUGUCAGCUUCUGGUGCAAUGGGGCGUGAAAUAAGCAGUUGGAGUAAAAUAGCUGAAAGGACUGCCUGCUGAUCAGGAUCAGGGCUGGCUUCAUGUGGCAGCACACACAGCUACAUACUAUACACAUACAGGUGGAUGGAGCUCCACCCCCAGCAGGGCAGUGCCUUACCUGUGCUCUCCUCCUUCUGCGCACCUCUGCACUUUUCAGUCAGCCUGCACACCCACAUGUAGCUGCCUGGGUCUCCAUCUUCACAACACAUGAGUUUUUCCAGCCAAUCCACAUUGAGUUACCUAGAGUCCUGAGGGAUGGAGAGGCUGAUCUUCUCUUUGCUGCUAUUGGCUGUCUCUGCCUCAGGACAGCUCUGCCCCAAGCGUUGCAUGUGCCAAAACCUGUCACCAUCGCUCGCCAUCCUGUGCGCCAAGACGGGCCUGCUCUUUGUGCCCACAGUUAUUGACCGCCGGACAGUAGAGCUUCGUCUCACUGAGAACUUCAUCACAGCAGUGAGGAGGAGGGACUUUGCCAAUAUGACAAGUCUCUUGCACCUGACAUUGUCACGCAACACUAUCAGCCAGAUCAUGCCUUAUACCUUCGCAGACCUCAAAAGGCUGCGGGCACUCCAUCUGGAUAGCAACCGCCUCAGCGUUGUUAUGGAUGACCACUUCCGUGGUCUCACCAACCUCAGGCACCUUAUUUUAUCCAACAACCAGCUCCAUAUCAUUUCCCCACAUGCUUUUGAUGAUUUCCUGGGAACCCUGGAAGACUUGGACCUGUCUUACAAUAACCUGGUGGACAUUCCCUGGGACACCAUUGGGAGACUUACCAAUGUGAACACUCUCAAUAUGGACCACAAUCUUAUAGAACAUGUCCCCUUAGGAGUUUUUUCCAACUUGCACAAGCUAGCUCGUCUCGAUAUGACAUCCAAUAAACUGAAAAAAAUCCCCCCUGAUCCAUUGUUUCUUAGGAUACCAGUUUAUGCUAAAUCUAAGGGUUCUCCUUUAUCCUCACUUGUCCUUAGCUUUGGAGGGAACCCACUCCACUGCAACUGUGAGCUGCUCUGGCUGAGGAGGCUUACAAGAGAGGAUGACCUGGAGACUUGUGCCUCACCUCCUGAUCUUACUGCUAAAUACUUCUGGACAAUCCCAGAGGAAGAGUUUAUCUGUGAGCCACCUGUGAUUACAAGAAGGUCCUCCAAAACCUUUGCUAUGGAGGGUCAGCCUGCCAGCUUGAAAUGCAAAGCCAAUGGUGACCCAGACCCAGAUGUCCACUGGAUCUCUCCUGAAGGUCGUUUAAUCUCCAAUACUUCCCGCACUCUUGCCUUCAGUAAUGGUAGCCUAGAGAUCAACAUCACCUCCUUAAAGGACACAGGUGUGUUCACCUGCAUCGCCUCGAAUGCUGCAGGAGAAUCUACAGGCACUGUGGAACUAGUGGUCAACCCACUUCCUCACCUGGCCAACAGCACAAACCGUGCCCGGGAGUCUGAUCCAGGACCAUCUGAUAUCCUUACAUCUGCAAAGUCCACAUCAACAUCCAGCAAUGACACAAAAGCUCAGGAAAAGAAAGCAGUACUCGCUGAGCUCACUGCAAACUCCGCUCUCAUAAGGUGGCCUUCGCAACAACAUUUUCCUGGUAUCAGGAUGUACCAGAUCCAGUACAACAGCUCAUCAGACGACACCUUGGUUUACAGGAUGAUCCCCUCUACAAGUCAGGAAUUCCUGGUGCGGGACUUGGCAGCGAGCCGGGAGUAUGACCUGUGUGUACUGGCCGUGUAUGAUGAUGGUGUGACUUCUCUGAUCGCCACACGGCAGGUGGGCUGUGUCACGUUUGUCACGGACACCGAGUACAGCCACUGCCAGUCGCUACGCAGUCACUUCCUGGGCGGAACCAUGAUCAUCAUCAUUGGCGGCAUCAUUGUGGCCUCUGUCCUCGUCUUCAUCAUCAUCCUCAUGAUACGGUACAAGGUCUACAACCAACAGGGGGCUGAGGCUGGGAAAGGCAUGGCCAUGAGCAGUGUCCGCUCGCAGGCCGCCACGCCCAUGCCCCGCACCGGCUCCAAAGUCACAGAGGGCCAGGAGGAGCAGGACCUGGGGCAGGGUGCGGGCCUGGAACAGGGUGCUGGAACAGUCCCUACUCCCUUUAAGGACUCGGUGGCCAUGGCCCUGGUGGUAGACUGUGAGAAGAGCACGCAAAUCUCAUCAGAGACUGGCACCGAAGAUGUUGUUUCACCCACACAGAAAUGCCUCUCUAGGACUUGCACAGAGCUUAAAAGGAGAUCUUCACUAUACACUGAUGAAGGAGAAAUGCCUGCUGAUGUGUUAGGAAGCAUGGCAGGCCCGCAGGUCAGCGAUGAGAAAAAAGUUCCGCGAGACUGGAGCGACUUUAACAUUUGAUGACUCCUCCUGCUAUCCAAUAGGAGGCAACCACAACCCUGAGAAACUUCUCUGGAUCAUCAGAUAUCAGGGAGAACUAAAUGAUGGAAUAGACAUAUUUGAUUCACUCUAGCAACAAAAAGGAAUCGGAGCAUAUGGUUGUUUUCCACUGGCUUUUGGAAACAUAAAGGUUUUGAACUCCCCAUGGGCAGGACUGUCUUGUAUUGCUGCCAACUGUGGUAUGCAUCAUUACCUGAAUGGUCCAAGCCUGAGCACGGAUGUUCAUCAGAGGGUAGUCACAUUGUCCCAAAAGUCAGUCAGAAUUUCUCCAUCUGAAGGUGAGAACUGAAACAGGAUUCAAAACUCCAAACAAAUGAACAAACAAACAAACAAACAAACAAACAAACAAACAUGGUGACUGGUCUAAUGGGGAGCACCUGUAUACAUUUUUUCUUUCUUCCUUUAUUGAUUGUUUUGUUGUUUUUAUUUGUCAAUUUAUUUUGUAAUUGUACAUAAUCAAUUUCAAAUCUUAUAGUUUUAUACAUGUAAUUUUUAUGGUGUGUAAUUUUUUAAUAAAUUAAAAGAGUGGAUUAAUAGAUGUUUUUGUCCUUUACUAGUUCAGAGGUUACAGCUGUCACGUAUGUUUAAUCUGUAUACCUUCACCAUCAAACAUUCCAGGACAAAGAUGCUUUCGUGGUGUUUUGGUGAUUAUAUUUAUCUAGCUCCUUGAUGCAGUUUUGCUUAUCAUCCUUAACCUUACACUACAAAUACAGGACAAACCAACCUCAGAAUCAUCUGUCAAAGUACUGGCACAUUGCCAUUUAAUACUUUGUGCACCCUUCUUUUACCUAUAUUACAGCAUCAAGUCCUCUCUUAAAACACAUUAAAAGUUCCAUGAUAUCAUGAGAACAUGUUUCAUUAUAAAAUCUCUUAAAAGCAUCCAGUUUCCUUUGUCCGUUUCAGUGUCCUUGAGCUACCUGAGUUUAAAUGAUCCAGGGAGUCUGGUCUGUGGUCACUUACCCAUUUGUGUGAAUUUAGAGGUCUGCUUUGGAUCCUCCUUUAGUGUCCUGCUGGAAGAUUUAACUAUCACCAAGUAUUUUGCUCCUGGCAGAGAAUCUAGAUUUUGAUCUAAAAUUACCUGGUAUUUGAUGGAGUCCACAAUGCCAUGCAUUCUAACAAGGGUCAUUAAUGACAUAAAACCAGACUUUACAGUGGCUUUUUUUCUGACCUUUUUUUAGGUGCUUGUGUUUGUGGUUUGACAACAACAGAGGCUUAAUUUUGGCAAGCCACCCAAAUAAUUAAUUGGCAUGGAGAUGGCCAUUGUAGUUUUUAAUUGUAGUUAAUGACCAAUGUCCAGUUGUGGUCCUAGAAGGGUUAGUCCUAACCCUAUGCCUAGGAGGGUUAACUCCUAACCCUAACGCUAACCCUAGGAAGGUUAGCCCUAACCCUAGGAGCGCAUGUUGUUUUAUGAGCCAUUCUGCUCACUGUGUGGUGCAAGCAACUGUAGUUUCUUCCAUGGCCUGAUUUUAUGUCAUGGGAAACACUCCUGGCAGACAGCAGGUUUAUGUGUUUGAAACUGCUGAUAUGGUUCCAGUAUUGACUAAAUGAAGCAUUCAUUUACAAAAGGCCAGAAUGGCACAAGCUCCCACAUUACCAAAAAAACAACAAAUGUGCACUGAACCAAAAGAAACGAUGCAUUACUAAUUGCAUUUGCCAGUACAAAUGAUCAUUCAAUUUAGCACAAUUUGCUACAAUAAAUGUUUCAUAUUUAGGUACAGAGCCUCAUCAUAUGGAAUGCUAGUGCAGCCUGUGUGAUUUUAUAAUGGGUGAGUUCUCCUGUAGCUCACCUUUCAGUGCAGCAACACCAAGGUCAUGGGUUUGAAACCCAACUAGCGCCAACAGAGGCAUACUAAUAAAUAUGCGCACGGAGCAUUGUACUGAAUCUGCUCUAGACAAGAGUGUUUAGUGAAUUGUAAAAAUGUGCUAUGAGAAUUAAACUACAUAGCAGUGGGGUGGUGCACAGGAAAAUGUAAACUUUUUAUUGAAAUAUGAAAAUGUCCCUUGCAUUGUCCAAAAAAUAAGCAAUUCUAUUGCUGAGAGAUAGUUGUGAAGGGAUUCCCACAAGAGACCCAACAUCAACAAAAGUCCCAGUUAAGUUCAAAUGGAGUUGUGUGUAUUAUAGCAGCAUGUUGAUUAUGCAUGUACAUGUAAAACCCAAUAUGCAUCUGAGCCGCCCUUGUUCUCAUCUCCUGUUGAGAGUGGGUAACUGCUCCUAGCCCAAGUAGUUAACUAGUUAUCCUAAUUACAGGCUUAUGUUGGAAAACAGAAUAUUUCAUGGAAGAGGUUAUUUUAGUGAUUCUAAGUUUAGAGUAGUAAAAUUUAUGAAGUACAAAUGGUAUCUAUUUUAUAGUUCAGUGGGGCCUGUAAAAGUUUGCAUGUUCAGAUGAUAUAUACUAUUGCCUAUUAUUUUAGAUAUUGAUUAGGCCCACAGACAGCUAGGACCACUCUCUCUAAUUACUUAAUGAAUAUCAGUGGAUUCCCAGUAACAUUUUCUUCACUUGUUUCUUGGACUGAUUAUGGAUCCCAGUCCGUUGUUUGAAGCUCAUGUAAAUAAUAUUUCUAGGCCCGCCUUUCUCCACCUCAGGAACAUUGCAAAGAUUAAGAACAUACUUUCUUCACCUGAUUCAGUAAAGCUAGUCCAUGUAUUUAUUACUUCAAUACUGGACUACUGUAAAUGCCUUACUAGCUGGCUAUACCAUUAAUUGCCCAAACAAGCUCCAGCUACAUUACAUUGGCUCCCAGUAAAAUUUCAUAUUGAUUUUAAAAUACUUCUAGUGACCUACAAAGCAUUGAAUGAUCAUGCCCUACAGUAUCUUAGUGAACUCCUAGUGCAAGACAACCAACAUGUCUGCUUAAAUAAAAAAGUGCAGGCUCUUUACUAGUACCAAGAAUAAGAAAAUCUACCGCAGGAGGCAGGGCCUUGGGAUAUCCUUCCUGUAAAUGUCCGAGACUCAGAUGCAGUCUCAAUAUUUAAGGCUAGGUUGAAAACCUGUAGAGUCUGUACAUUCAGGCAUUUUAUUAACUUCUUCCCAUCUUAGGUAAAGGUGUAGAUCUGGGGGUCCAUGGGCAUUGAGAGUUAUGGUAAACUGAAAUGUUAUGAUGCUGUCACUAUACUCUCUGGUGUACUCAUGCCUGUCGUUCCUUCUGGCUCUAUCCUUUUAGCUAUACUUCCAUAACUAGAUCUGCUGGAGUCCAACUUUGCACAUUAUACUUCCCUAAUUUACACACCUUUUGACUUGGACAUGCCUAGUAAUCUAUUCUCUCUUUCUGCCGAGAUACACCUACCCCUGAUGUCAUGAUGUUACUGAGC